AUGGUCCGCUCAUUGACAAAGGUCGUCUACAAGCCCGACAGCCAAUCCACCGACGAGUACACCGUCAUUGUAAACCCUGCAGAGUACAAGAAAUGGAAAGAAGGAGGUACGCACUUUUCUGCCCUCGAACAUACACCGUCGUCAGCUAACGCCACUCUACGGCAGACACGUAAAUUUGCCUCCGCGUCCAACGUCCUGCCCGUGGCACUAACUGGUGAUGUGAAUAUUCGCAGGACCAUUCCACUUUCCGAAGUCGUAGAUUCUUUCCAGAUCUUCUUCUCCAACCAAGGAGCACAGGGAAUCCUCGGCGCACCAUCACGACAACAGCUCGACAACGAAUUUGGAUCCCAUAAAGACGUGGACGUCGUUGAACAGAUCCUGAAGAAGGGCGCAGAGCAGUCGGGCAAAGGCUAUACGGCGGGCACCGGAGUUGCCAACUUUGCGAAGGGGAGCUUCACCGUAGACACUCACGGGAAGAGCUUGACGGGAAUUUGA